AUGCUUGAUUCCGUGCUUCUCGCGCUCUUCUUGCCCUGUUUGGGCAUGAGCGCGGUUUUCAUCGUCUACAUGUGCCUUCUCUGGUACGCCACCACUCACCACACCGAUCCCGGGCUACCGACCAAGCCAGUCUCCGACGACGGCCUCUCCCCUUCCCAGCUCCAGAAGCUCCCCUCCAUCACCGGAAAAGAUCUUCACAUGGGCUCCGAAUGUGCUGUCUGCCUCGAAGACAUCGCCACCGACCAACCGGCUCGACUUGUUCCCGGUUGCAACCACGCCUUUCAUUUGGAAUGCGCCGACACCUGGCUCUCCAAACACCCCCUCUGCCCUCUCUGCCGAGCCAAACUCGACCCCACGCUUUUCUCUUCCUCGGAAAAUCCAUGCUGA